GCAAAAGCAAAACCCUAGUUUCUGGCUUCACGCAGUAACCCUCACUUUCUGAACACUGCUCUCUGUUUCCAUCGGUAUGGGAAGCGAUAGCGAAGCAGAGAAGUCGCAUCAGAAGGAGAAGGAGAAGAAGAAGACGCUGGCUCUUGCUCCCAUCGCCAAGCCCCUUGCCGGCAAGAAGCUCUGUAAGCGUACCCUCAAGCUCGUACGCAAAGCUGCUGAGCAUAAGUGCUUGAAAAGGGGAGUGAAGGAAGUGGUUAAAAGUAUUCGUCGUGGUCAUAAAGGGUGAGUUUUCUGAUGUUUGGUACCUUGUGGAGACUCUCCUUUCCUUUAUUUAUUUAUUAUUUAUUGUUAAGAUAGUUGCUA